AUGUUUGUUAUUUGGAUUUUUCUUGUUGGUAUUACAAAUGUUAUUUGUGAAGAUUUUUAUUCAUUUACAGUUAAAGAUUGGGAAGGAAAUGAUCAUCCAUUAGAACAAUAUCGUGGAAAGGUGUCAUUAGCUGUUAAUGUCGCUAGUGAAUGUUCAUAUACUGAUUCACAUUAUGAAGCUCUUGUUGGUAUACAACAAAAACUUAAUCGAGGUAAUCGAAAUGUCUUUCAAGUACUUGCAUUUCCAAGUAAUCAAUUUGGUAAUCAAGAACCUCAUAGUGAUAGACAUAUUCGUGUAUGGGCCAAAGAUAUGUUUGAUAUCAAUUUUCCUAUAUUUGCUAAGGGUGCUGUUAUAAAAGAAGGAAUUGAGAAUGAAGAUGAAUUACCAGAUGUAUGGAGAUUUUUAAGUGAAAAAACUGAACCACCAUCGUGGAAUUUUUGGAAAUAUUUAAUAGAUCCAAAUGGUAAUGUUAUUCAAGCUUAUUCGCCUCAAAUAAAUAUGCGUCAGGUUUAUCCAGAUAUUAAAAAAUUACUUGUUAAAUACAAUUUAAUUGAUAAAUCCGAAUUAUAA